AUGAUCGAUCGAAUCUACCGUCGUCUUAAAGCACGAAACAAUAAUAUCGGACGACCAGAGUUCCGAAUCCCACUGAUGAGUCUUGCUGCGAUCCUCCUUCCAGCUGGAUUAUUUAUCUACGGCUGGACAGCCCAGAAACGCUGUCACUGGAUUGCGCCGAAUAUCGGUGCCGCUAUCUUUGGCAUGGGUACUAUUAUUGCGUUCCAGUGUAUUCAAACUUAUAUGGUUGACACUUAUACUCGAUACGCUGCUAGUGCGUUGGCUGCGGGUGCGUUUUUGCGUUCGCUUGCUGGAUUCGGGUUCCCGCUUUUUGCGCCGGCGAUGUAUGAUGCUUUGCAUUACGGUUGGGGAAACAGUGUUUUGGCGUUUGUUUCUCUUGCGAUUGGAGUUCCGGCUCCGAUCUUCUUGUGGAAAUUUGGAGAGAAGUUGCGGAAGAAGAGUCCUUAUGCGGCUGGUUAA